AUGGGUAUAGCAUUGUGCAAACCGGAGCGCGACGCGGCCGCCAAAAAUCGCCAAAUUGAAACUCAAAUUCGUAUUGAGAACCAAGCCAACAAGAGAAAGAUAAAGAUGCUUCUUCUGGGAAUCUCGGACUCGGGAAAGAGUACCAUUGUCAAACAGAUGAGAGUCAACUACUGUAACGGUUUCAAUGAGACUGAGGUGGUCAACGCGAUUUUCCUCAUUCGCAACAACAUCAUCGACGCUUUCAAACACAUUUCACUCCUAAUUCUCGAUUCUCACAUCAUUAAAUCGGACACCGAAAAAGUGCUCUUGAAACUCUUUGCCUUUGAAUCCCAGAAAAUCGAAAUGAUGCAAGAAGUUGACGAGCUGCGACUCAUCAACUCCAUUCGAGUUCUGGAGUGUAUUUCAGUAUUUUUCGAGCACUACAGCUAUCAUCCCAUGAUACCAGAUAAUAUCCAUUACUUCUUCCCCCACUUGGAACGCAUUGCUAUUUCCGAGUAUAUGCCAACGGUCGAGGAUCUAAUUCAUAUGAGACAGACUACUCUUGGAGUUCAUGAAAUUUCGUUCGACUAUCAGACUCAAACCAUUCGUCUCAUCGACGUGGGAGGUCAAAAAACGGAGCGCCGAAAAUGGAUUCACUUCUUCGAGGGCGUCACCGCCGUCAUGUUUGUCUGCUCGUUGUCUUCGUUCAACCAGGCCACGGAACAGGAGCCGAACAACGCAUUUGCGUGGGAGACGUCACUCAACAAAGUGCAAAACAAAAUUCUGGUCCGCUCUACUGGUAAAGCCAAGCAGAGACCUGGGAUGGUCAAUCGACUCGAUGAGAGCGUCGACUUGUUCACUUCGAUCCGGGAGAACAACUUUCUGAAAUCUUCCAACUUCAUGCUCUUCCUGAACAAAAUUGAUCUUUUGGGAAAGAAAUUGGAGACGAUUCAGUUUGUUAAUCACUUCCCAGCCUACGAGCAGUGGAUCACUAACGAUAACUCGGUGCAAUCGGUGGCCGAAUUUAUCGAGAGCAUGUUCCGCGAGGGUCUCGAUGCCGAUCAGAAAAUCUACGCACACUUGACGCAAGCUACCAUAACUACCAAUAUUGAGUACACGUUUGGAUUGUGCUGUGAUGUCAUCUUCAAUAAGAAUAUCGAGACGCUCAGCCUGGAAUAA